UUCGAGACAACAGUGUUGCCUUGCCACAUUGUGGACGCAAUGGGUUUUCAGUUGGAGCGCAACGUUAGCCGGUGACGGGCGGUGGGCUAUAUGCGAUAUAUACCCGAUUGUACCCGAUACACACAGUAACACCGUAGUAACCAGCAAAAGUCAGCAAGCGUAGGCGGAUCCAAAACAGUUGCACAACUGCAUAACGCCAGGAAAUUAGGAAUUCUUAAGAAAAGACGAUCUAAGCUAAUGGCACGGAGUGUUUAAAAAUAAAAUUCUAUGGGUUAAAAACCCGAAAAAGUAGAGCCUUAACCCUUUGGUGGUGCGGUGUGCCUGAUGUUUUUUUUAUUUGCGGAUUUCGCGUCGUCUGGUUUCCGUACCCGUGGCCGUGCCAAAAAAAAAUCGAUAAUUUCGUGCUGUAUAAGUUACGGCGAAAGGUGCGCGGAUAUUCCGUUCGGGAUUUGAGUUCGGGUGUUUUGAGUACUACGCGUAAGGACCAAGUGUGCGCAAAAGAGAUUGUAAGAAAGAGAGAUUGCAAAUCACAAUAAAAAACUGAAAGCUGAAAACUAAACUAAAUUCAAAAUUGAUUUUUCUAUAUAAAAUAACAUCGGAUAUAACCGGUUAAGUGUCGAAACUUUCAUGAAUCAUGUUAUAAUAUAACAAACAAAAUUCAAAGUUCUAAAGAGCAGAAACUCUCUCGCCGCUACACCGUUACUCGUUAACUACGGAUUUACAACCAAAAAAAUUGAGAGAGAGAGAGUGAGAGAGAACGUAAACGUGAUUGAAAUUUUUGCACAAAAGGGAAGCGCCGCUUACGUUUUACAUGCGCGUAAAGAGAGUGGGAGAGAAAAAGCGGAAUCGCAAAACGAAGCAGCGCGUAAAAAUAACAAACAAAAAUACAUGCGGAGGCGUAUAAAUAGAAACGGCGUGUAAAGCGCAACGGCAAAAAAGUCGGUAGUAUGUAGUAAUAGUAGUAGGAACAGAAGGCGAAGGAGAAGAAUAACUAAGUCGACGACGACUGCGACGCCGGCUGCGACUGCGGCGUCGUAGUAAGUUUUUCUUCUCUGUGCGUGUAUGUGUGUGCGCUGCGUGGGUGCAUCGUUGUUGCUGUGUGCGUGUGGCAUGUGGAGCGAAUAAAAGCCAAAGCAGAAAAUCAUGAUAAAAUUUGUCAGGCAGAAAAAUCGCGAAAACACACUAAGGGCAUCCAAAAAUUUUAUGCGCAAAAAGCGUGAAUCGAAUGACUCCGGCACCGAAUCUGAUGGUGAACUCCUCGAUGUGGAAAACCAACGUCACUUAGACGUGGAUAUGGAAACUAGUGUUGCUGGCCAAAAACCAAUCGCUCCUGCAAUGAUGUGUCACCAGCAGACGUCGUCAUCCUGCGCCCAUCUCAUGUACGACCAGCACAGUUCCGAAGAGGAGUUGGAGGUGAUCAACGGGCCGUCCUCUCAGGCUGGUCAGCAUCCAGGCGGACCGACGGCCACGGUCUCCUCGUGUGCCUCCCGGAUCUCGAAUCGCGUAUGCACCUCCUCGCUGGACACGGAGGCGCCGUACGAGGAGCGAGCCACCACUUCCAACUCGAAGCGUUCAAGCUCUACGCUGAUGGUGGAGAAUCGCAAGCGAUCGUUGGCCCAUAGCUCCGAUGAUGAGUUGCGCAACUCAUUGGAGCCGAUCCUGACGCCCGUGAAUUUUCGCACAUCGCCGCCAUUGGAGGCAUUCAAGCCAAAUCGUAGCCAUAUGAUGUUCCGCUCCACAACGCCACUGAUAUUAUCGGAGGCCCGAUGUGGCAUCGAAAAUAUUAAAUUAUGUGAUAAUAGUGUAAACGAGGAGAAUGGCGACAACGGCGGUGGCGGUGGCUGUGGCGGGGUGGCCAAUAGCAGCAAGUGUGCUAAGAUUGGUGCGGGAAACAACGCCAGCGGUACCGGAACCGGAAACGGAGGCAACGAGAACGAGCCGAGUGUGAUUAAGGCGUGCAGCAGCUCGCUGAAGAUGAGCAACAGCAGCCACCACAUUUACCAGCCGCAGCCGAAGUAUAGUUUUCAUUACAACAGUUCGCGGAGCAGUCCGGCCAGCACCACCGGCUUGGACAUGGAGGUGCGGUCGGUCAGUCCGCCGGCGAAACUGUUCCACUGCGCCAUAUCGCCCCGGCGGCGACCCAGUAACAAUGCCAGUGGUUCAGCCGCGGGCGCCACAACAAUAUCACCAUCAUCAUCAUCAGCAGCAGCAGUCUCAGCAACAACGACACACAAUUCUGCCAACUCCGCCGGAAAUGCCGCUAACGUCACCGCCGUCGCUACCCAGAGACUGCAGCGACCGCAUCGGCCGUGUUUAGAUUUUGAUAAGAUGCAGCAGGUUAGUCUCUAAUGCAGAGCACGCUAACACCAGAGCAGCCGAUAGAGAUACAGACGGAUAGACGUGGAAGCAGGAGGAAGGAUGGUCAACGAAUGGGGGGGCAAAUCAAAGACUUUUUAUACGAACCAACAACCGCUGAACGUGCCACUGUAUUCGGAGCAAGCUAGAGUGCCUAGGGACUAGUUGCAGUACCUGGCCAACUAGCAGUUCGGAUGCAGUAGCAGCAGAUUCGAGAUUCAGAUCCAAGGACAAACAGACAAACAGCAGAAGAUGAAGUAAAAGAAAAGCAGAGGAAAAUAUCAUCAAAUCAAAUUAUAUAAAUCUAACGGUAAUUCAAAUUUUAACGCAACCAACAAAAACAAAACAAAGCAAAGAGAAACCUAAAAUUUACAAUAGAUGCAGCUAUUUUUUCACAAUUUUAAACUGAAAAACUGUAACAAAAAUGUGAGCGGGGAUCGAAAGUUGAUGCAAAAACAAUAGAUUUAAAGGCUCCGGGGUGCAAAGGUCGAUGGUUGAUACAAAUCGAGAUUUCGCGGGGGGUGUAAAGAUUACAAAUCAUAUGUAAGCCGUAUGACAAAGGAUCACAAAAGUUGAUUAAAAAUAGGCAUAAGGAAAGCUCUGGGUGUGUGUAAAGAGAAAAGCCAGCCGGUGGAAACUGUGAACUGUAAAUAUUGUAUUUCUGUGGGAAAACCAAAAAACUUUUGAAGAAUUGGCAUGCCAUCGAUAGACGAAGAAGAAGCAGAAGAAAGUGCGGAGUAGAAUGUAUUUUAAUUUUUUUAAAAAUCCGACGAAAAACACUUGUAGUGAUGUGGCAGAAGACUCAAAACUUAAAAAAGAGAAGAAUUAUAUUUCUAUUGAACGAAGAACGAAGAAGAGCGGAAGAGAGGGGAAGUGGGAAAUGAGGAGGGAGAAUAGCGUAGCAAACACUUGGGACGAAGAAAUAGCAACAGCAACAAUGUGAAGCAACAAUAGCAACAACUGAAAUAAUAUAAACAAACAAACGCAAACAAAAACCUUUUGUAUAAUGAGAGGGAAACUGUCGCGGCGGCAGUUGAAAAACAGUUAAAAUAUGUGUUUAAUGUACAACAUAAAAUAGCGAGCUAUUUUAUAAACAAUAUUCAAUUUAUCCGCAAUUAAGAGAAACGAUAAACAAACAAAACCAAAAAGCUGCCAUCAACAUUCACGCAUACGAUUAAAGCUCUUAAGUUUUACCAAUAUGAUUGAUGAUUGAUGAUUAACGAUUAACGAUUAACGACUAGUAAGCGCAACAAUUGGAAGAAGUUAGCAGGCCCAUAAGUGUAUUAGUAAAGCAUAAUUAAACAUUUCUUUGUCAAGUAAAAUGAAAAUAUCGAACCGAGAACAGAAAUCGCAGCAGGUUAACCCAUAUUCCCAUAUUCAAUUCAAAGUGAAAAACUAAAAGCAGUAAAUGUGUGCAACCAUAGCAAGCAAAACUAAACAAAACAUACAUUCUUAAGUACCAUAUAUAUGUAAAGACCAGAAAACGAUGCAGCCAGAGCAAAAUAUUCAAUGUAAUUCUAAGUUUAAAUCAUAUUUACUAACAAAAGGCGACGGCAGGCUGACUUUCAGUUAACUCAAAAACUUGAAAACUCAAAAAGUAGUCAAUGGAUUUUCGUAUGCUAAUUUUUUCAACAACCAUCUCAUGCCCACUAAACCAAUGUUUCACUCACCCCACAAACGAACACUCAACACUUGCAACAUGCAACAUUCAGCAUACAACAUUCAACCUACCAAGACAGCAUAAUCCACACCACCAAGACACCAAGAAUAUAUAUGAUAAUAGAGGGGAACCGAUUGAUGGAGGAGUUAGUAGGACCAGGCUGGGAGACGGGCAGUGCAGAUAUGAUACUGAUACUAGGAAUGCAGUUUUCGUAAUUUUUAAUUAAUUAAAAAGUAACAAAGAAGUAUGAACAGAUGAAUAUAUUAUAUAUGUGUAACAAAAGGGAGAAUCGGAAGAUAUCAUGGACUGAGUACAUUAAAGCGUGGAAAAGAUAGGAAGCUGGUGAAGCAACCAAUACUAGGAUUUUAGUUAAUAAGCUCUAAGGCGGUGGAAAACUAUUCCGAGGAAAGCUAACACAGAUCUAAAGGAAUGUUUUGCUGCGGGGCGUUUAUGUUGAAUAUUUUUGAGAAACAAAA